AUGGCCACCCCCCCGGCCGACGUAGCCGAGCGCAUCCGCUACAAGAAAUCCCGCUACACGCGCUUCGCCGACAGCAAGCAGUGGUCCCGGUUCGACAGCAUCUUCGUGCCCGACGCGACCUUCUGCUUCGUCGACGAGCACGGCAAGACGGUGUCCACGCCCGACGGCGCGACCCCCUAUACCUGGGACUCGCUCGAGUCGUGGGCGGCCUUCUUCGACAAGGCCUUCACCGCCCUGCAGGUCAUCCACCACAUCGGCCCCGGCGAGCUCGAGCAGACCGGCCCGGACGAGGUGAAAGCCGUGUUCUCGGUCCUGUACCACGCGGGGCCCGCGGGGGAUGGCGAGGGGCCGCAUGAGACGGGCGGUGGGCAUUACUAUGAGACGUGGGUGCGGAAGGGCGAUGAUUGGUUUUGUAAGGACUUGUGGAUGCAGAGGCUGUAUCAUAGGGUGACUUAG